CCCUCUCUCUCUCUCUGUUUUUGUAUGACAAACGGCAUUUCCAAUAAUAUAUAUUACUAGCUUUUCACCCUUCAUUCUCUCCUUGAUUCUCCCUUCAAACUCUGAAAUCUAGUUGUCAUUAUCUCCAUUAACGGUUUCUGUACCAAACCCCGAAAACUCCAACCCCUUUCAUCCUCUGUUCAUUUCUAAAUUCAAACCGUAUCACAGAGUCUAUUUUAUUUUUAUUUUUAUCUUUAUCCGUUGCAUGUUCAGUAUCCAUUUCCUCAAAUUUCUCAGACUCUCUAUCUUUACAAAUCUUUGUUGUCUUUUCCAUAAUUCCAAUACCCACUUGCUCAAAUUAUUCCACAAAAUCUUUGGCUUUCAUCGUCUUAGCCAAUGGUGGUAAAGCUGAUACGGUGGCCAUCACGGCCCCCGUUGCCAUCGAGGAAAUUCGAAGCCAUAAUUUUUAUUCACCGGAUCGAAGGUCUAUGUUUAGCUCAAUCCGAGGGAGAAAGGGCAUUGGUGUGUGAGAUUAAGUGGAAAGGUCAGAAGGGAGCUUUGAGUUCGUUGAGACGCUCUGUAAAGAGAAAUUUCACCAAAGAAGUAGGUGUUGGAGAUGAUGGGGUGGUGGAGUGGAACGAGGGGUUUCGGAGUUUGUGUAGUUUCUCGUCCCACAAGGAGGGUGUGUUUUUUCCAUGGGAGGUCUCAUUUUCAGUGCUCAAUGGUAUGAAGGAAGGGUCCAGGAGCAAGAUUCCUGUUGUUGGAACUGCAUCAUUGAACUUAGCAGAACAUGCUUUUGCAGUCGACAGAAGAGAGAUUCAAAUAAAUGUUUCUGUCAAAGUCCCUGGCUGCGCUACUGAGACCAGUCCCUCACUUAGUUUAUCUCUCAGUUUAUUGGAAUGGAUAACUGCUCUAGAACCUUCGGAGACAGUGCAGAAAUCAAUAGCGUGCCUUCCACUGUCACCCUGUUAUGCAGACACUCGAUCAACUGAGAAAGAUGAGUUUUCGGCUCUUAAAGCUGGUCUGAGAAAAAUGAAAACGUUUACAGAUUAUGUCUCAGCCGGAAGAGCAAAGAAGGCAAGCCCUGAAGAAGAGAGCAGUGAUGGCAGGUGCUCUGACAGAAGCACAGAUCCUGAGUGCAAUUAUCCCUAUUACGGAGAUUCACCUAAUGAUGGUGAUGCCGAGGAGCUAUCAGAAGAAAGUAAGGAUGAUUCUAGUAUCAAGCCAUUCAAUUAUGAAACACUGGCCUCUGCAAACUGUGCUGGUGCCAGAGGAUUAUCAUACUCCAAUUCGAUAAACGAUGGUCAAGAUGAAUUAUGGAUCUACUACAGCAACAGUAAAUUGGAUGUUGGAUGCUAUUAUCUUGAAAGUUCACAUGCAUCAAUUUCAAAGCAAAACUUGCAGCAAAAUUCAAAGCGGAAUAUCCUUUCUUGGAAGAAGAGAAAACUAAGCUUCAGGUCUCGUAAUGCCAAGGGGGAGCCUCUUCUGAAAAAGCAUUACGAAGAGGAAGGUGGGGAUGAUAUCGAUCAUGAUCGUAGGCAGCUUACCUCCUCUGAUGAGUCCAGUUCUGGGUGGCAUAAGAAAGAAGGUUUCAGCUCUGAUGGGUCAUCGAUAUCUGAAUUUGGGGAUGACAAAUUUGCCAUAGGUAGUUGGGAGUGCAAGGAAGUAACCUGUCGUGACAGACAAUUGAAGCUCCAAACUCAAGUCUUUUUUGCGUCAAUUGAUCAGAGGAGUGAACGUGCUGCUGGGGAGAGUGCAUGUACAGCUCUGGUUGCAGUUGUUGCUGACUGGUUGCAUUCCAACCGAGAUGAGACUCCCAUCAAAUCUGAGUUUGACAGGCUAAUUAGAGACGGAUCAUUAGAAUGGAGAAAUCUUUGUGAGAACGAGGCCUACAUAGAACAGUUUCCUGACAAACACUUCGAUCUUGAGACCAUUCUCCAAGCUAAAAUCCGUCCACUUUCUGUAGUUCCAGAGAAGUCCUUUAUCGGAUUCUUCCAUGCAGGACUGGCAGAGGAGGAUUUUGACUUCCUACAUGGUGCCAUGUCAUUCGACAGCAUUUGGGAUGAGAUCAGCCUUUCUGCAUCGAACUGCUCGAGCAAUGACGAACCUUUGGUCUUCAUUGUAUGUUGGAAUGACCACUUCUUUGUCCUAAAGGUGGAGGAGGAUGCUUACUAUAUCAUCGACACGUUGGGGGAGAGGCUUUAUGAAGGAUGCAAUGAGGCAUACAUUCUCAAAUUUGAUAAAGACACAACUAUUGUGCGAUUAUCAAAUGAGGGUCAAGCAUCGGAUGAAGAACCAACUACUGAUAAGGUGCAACCUAAAAACAGUCGGGAAACUUCAGCUGAAGGGACUCUACUAGUCCAAUCUAAUGAGUUAGAGAAGAGUGAGAAAGAAGAGGUAGUUUGUAAGGGGAAGGAAUCAUGCAGGGAGUAUAUUAAGAGCUUCUUGGCCGCAAUACCCAUAAGGGAAUUAGAGAUUGAUAUCAAGAAGGGCUUGAUGGGAUCAGCAACUUUUCAUCACAGGCUACAAAUUGAGUUCCACCACACCCGGUUCUUGCACCCGAUGGCCGAAUCUCCGGUGGCCGAAACAGGUGAUUUACAAGCAACCACAUUGGCAGAUGCACAAGGGACUUCUUUUGAAGUGUAGAAAGUUUUAGCAUACUAACAUAUGUUCUGUCUGUUUUUCUUGUGGUGGCUGUUUACGUUAACAAAAACUAUAUGUGCUGU